AUGACGUCAUCUUCUGAGAUUAUGGGUGAUGAUCCAAAGAGGAAACCGCAGGAUAAACCGGCCAAAACAACUCGCCCCAAGACCAAGGUCACCAAGAAGCCCGCCAAGAAGAAAACCGCCGAAUCCACCGAAUUAAAUAUUGACGAUGACGAUGAUAAUCAUGAGUCAGAGGAUGACGCAGAAGCUAGCCAUGCUGGUGACGCAGAGGGAACUUCCCAUUCUUCCUCUAGCGAGUCAACAGGAACGCAAAUUCCAACCCUCAAGACAGUUCCUGGGGCCGAAGCCAGAGCCAGUAAAAGGGCCAAAGUGAAUAAACCGGCUGAAAACAACAUUCCAACUGAUCCGGAACAGACCCCGGAACAGUCUAAUCCAAAUACUGAAGCUAUUCUUGAUGAUCCGCCACCGCAAGAUCAUGAAAUCUUAGCUGAACAUAUGGAAGCUGAGCUUAGCAAGAAGGAAUCCCAAAUCGCUGACCUUCAAGAAAAUAUUAAGUCGCAACAAGCAGAGACUUCCAAGGCCAAGGAUGAACUGACCAGCGCCUUAGCAGCAAUGGAAAAACUGAAGGAAAGCUUCAAAAACGAGCGGGCAGGUUGGGAUACAGAAAAGACAACUCUGCUGAAGAAGGCUGAGGAUGCUGAAGCGGCCCUUAAUCCGGUGACAGAGGAGCUGACCGGCUUGAAACGUCAAAUAAAUGCCAUGACUGCUGCCGUUUUUGGUAAAUAG